UGUUUUUAUUAUAUACCUGUUGAAUGCUUUUAACAAAAUACAGGUUGUAUCAAUCGUUGAAAUAAAAAAUCCCGUAUUACGCUACUCGCUGUUUCCAAUUCCGUAUUACCAUACUACUAUUUUUAGAAGCCGGACUACUUUUUUGACCCAUUUAAUGACGUCACAUUAUGCGCACCGAAUAUAGGAAACCCCCCUUGUUAAAUCUUCGACCCAUUUAAUGACGUCACACUACGCGUAGCGAAAAUAGGAAAGCCCCCUGUGUAGUAUUAUUAGAUACGUCGUCUGCAGUUUGACCAGAGAGUAAAUAUGGCCGAAUUUUCGACCAUGGACAUAGCGGAAUGGUCAUCGAUCGGUUUAUUUGACUUAAUUGACGAUAGUUUUUUUGAAAAUGAACUAUUUGAAACGGCUGUUCAUAAUUCUGGAGAGAAUGAAAAUGUCAGUAGCACUGAAAAUACUGAAACAAGUGCAGUGUCCACUCUUUUAGAAGCAGGUGUCCAGCUGCCCAAUGAAAGUAAGUCUGAUCUGCAUCAAAAUAUAGAUUUAAGUUCACAAGACCAAAGAAAUCAAAUGGAACAGAUGAAUUUAAAUAGUCAUGCUCAAGGUGAAACACGUAAACAACCAACAUUUGUACAUGUAACAGAAGAUGAAAAGACAAAUUUUGUUCAAAGUAUGAAAAAUGUGAACACUAGCCGCAAAACUGAAUUAUGUAUGCGCCAUUUCCAACGCUGGCUAUCAGAACCACCACGCAAUGAAACAAGAUCUGUCUGUGACAUCAUGACCACUGAACUUGACAACUAUAUAGGUUCAUUCCUCCUGUCCAUUCGUAAAGCCGACGGGUCUGAGUAUGAGCCUGACACACUCACAAGCUACCAUCGAGGCAUUGACCGAUAUUUAAGGGAAAAUAAAUAUUCCCACAGCAUUUUGGAUCACAGAGAGUUUGAAACUUCUCGAAAGGUUUUGGCUUCCAAAAGAAAGGAACUGAAGCAAAAAGGAAAAGGAAACAGGCCCCAUGCUGCUGAAGCCAUUACCUCUGAAGAAAGAGGGAUUUUAAAACAAAAAGCAGUAAUUGGACUUCAAAGCCCAAGACAGCUGUUGAAUCAAGUUUGGCUAAAUAAUUCAACAUUGUUCGGCAUUCGUGGUGGAACCGAAAGUCACAACCUUAGAUGGGGCGACAUCAAACUGAAAAAAACUGAUCAAGGAAGAGAAUACCUUGAAUACAAUGAACGGUUGACCAAAACACGUACAUCGGAAACCAAGUCGGAUCAAAGGGCCUUUCCACCUAAGCAGUUUGCACAUACCAACAAAGAUUCAUGCCCUGUUGAAGCGUACAAGGAGUUUGCUCAUCACAGACCGAAAGAAGCUCUGCGUGAUGAUGCCCCUUUCUACUUGUGUAUAAACUAUAGUCGACAUGAUGGGUCCAACAAGUGGUAUAAAUGUCAGCCCAUGGGUGAAAACUCCUUGAGGUCAAUAAUGAGAACGAUGGCCGAGAGGGGCGAUCUCACAGGUCGGAAGACAAAUCACAGUGCCCGAAAAACAACCUGUACGACUCUCUUGCAUAAUGGGGUUGCUCCAACAACAAUUCAACAGCUAACUGGACACAAACAUGUGCAAAGUGUUAACAAUUACGCAAAGGCUUCUCUCGAAAUGCAAGCAGCCAUGUCCGACAUAUUAUCAGAAAAUCCUGACCAACAACAAAUUAUGCAACUUAACCCUAGGCCUACCUAUGGUUCUGUCAUCCCGGCAUCGGUGCGAAACACAUCUAUGUCAAGCAGCAACAAAAACACAUCCAACGCCGCCAUUGAUGAUUCCCACGAUAACACAAAUCUCCAAGGUGCACAAUUAUUCCGGUGUAACGUAACCAUCAACAACUACUAUGCACACUCUCCAUCGAAGAAACGCAAGAGAAUAUGCAUAGUAGAAAGUGACAGCGAUUAA